AUGGCUUCACCCCUGUCUAUGAAGACCCGCCCGACAACUACCUAUGGCUGGAAGCAGCGGACGCCAAGUUCCGCGGGAAAGGCAAGCCAUACACACACGGACACCGGAAUAGUCUACUCGGAGAUUGUGCUGCAGUCUUUGACUUGCUAUGCGUGGCCUUUGAUCGAAGCGUACCCAGAUGCCAAUAGCUGGUGGGCUUGA